AUGUCUGGGAAGACAGUUGAUCGGCGGUUCCUGCCGCCCGUCUACCUGGCCGUGAGCCUGGCCGGGCUGCUGGGCAACGCGCUGGGGCUCUGCAACCUGUGCGCCAAGGCGCGGCGGCGGAGCUGGAGCGCCCUGGGCCUGCUGCUCUGCAACCUGGGGGUGGCCGACCUGCUCUACGUGGUCACCCUGCCCUUCCUGGUGGCCUACUACCUGCAGGGCAGGACCUGGCUCUUCGGCAGAGCGAUGUGCCGGCUGACCCGGGGCCUCUUCCACCUCAACCUCUACGCCAGCAUCGGCUUCCUGACCUGCAUCAGCAUCCAGCGCUACCAGGGCAUCGUCUACCCGCUGAAGGUGCGGGGCAGGUGCCAGGCCCUGGGCCCGUCCCUUGGCCUCUGUGCAGGGGUCUGGGGCUGGGUCAUGCUUCAGGUGUCUCCUGAUUUCACCUUCAGCAAGAUGGAUCCUAACGGGACACGGUGCCACGAUACGACAGGGAACGAAGACGUGGGCAGGUACCGGCUCUACAUCCUGGCCAUCACCGUGACGGGGUUUGUCAUCCCCUUUCUCAUCAUCCUCGGCUGCUACUGCCACGUGGUGGUGGUUCUCUGCAGGAAUGGGAAUAUUGACCCCAGCAUCAAAAGGAAGUGCAUCAAACUGGCGGUCCUUGUGAUGGUCCUCUUCUCCAUCUGCUUCCUCCCGUAUCACAUCUUCAGGAACCUCAACCUCUUGUACCGAACCUGGCAAUACCAGGGCUUCUGCUCCCCGUCUACAAGCAGCGUCUAUGUUUCCUACCAGGUGACCCGGGGCCUGGCCAGCUUGAAUAGUGCCCUGAACCCCCUUCUGUACAUAAUGACCAGUGAGGACUGUGUGUCGUGGCGGCAGGACCUGCGCACGGCGUCGCUGAUCCUCUGCAUCCUCUUCUACCUGCUGGUGGGCGCCGCCGUCUUCGAUGCGCUGGAGUCGGAGGCCGAGACGGGCCGCAAGCGGCUGCUGGAGCAGAAGCGCGGGGAGCUGCGCAAGAAGUACCGCUUCUCGGCCGCCGACUACUGCGAGCUCGAGCGCCUCGUGCUGCAGGCCGAGCCGCACCGCGCCGGCCGCCAGUGGAAGUUCGCCGGCUCCUUCUACUUCGCCAUCACCGUCAUCACCACCAUCGGUUAUGGGCAUGCUGCUCCCGGCACAGAUGCUGGCAAAGUUUUCUGCAUGUUCUAUGCAAUCCUUGGCAUCCCCCUCACCCUGGUUAUGUUCCAGAGUCUUGGGGAACGCAUGAACACAGUCGUCCGGCUGCUGCUGAAGAAAAUUAAGAAGUGUCUGGGCAUGAAGACCACUAAAGUCUCCAUGGAAAACAUGGUCUUGGUUGGCUUCCUCUCCUGCAUGGGCACACUGUGCAUUGGAGCAGCCACCUUCUCCUAUUUUGAAGGCUGGACCUUUUUUCACGCCUAUUACUACUGCUUCAUAACCCUGACCACUAUUGGGUUUGGGGACUUCGUGGCUCUGCAGAAGAACGAAGCUUUGCAGAAGAAGCCGCCCUAUGUGGCUUUCAGCUUCAUGUACAUUUUAGUUGGCCUGACAGUGAUUGGAGCCUUCCUUAACUUGGUCGUGCUUAGGUUUUUGACCAUGAACUCAGAAGAUGAGAGACGAGAUGCAGAAGAGAGGGCAUCGCUGAGGAGAGCCAGGAACAAUGUCCACCUGAAAGAAGACAGUAAGAGCAGAAAUGCUAUUUUUCUACCUGCAGAAGACAGGACGAGCCAGAUGAACCUCAUCCCGUUGAUCCAGGAAGACACUGACAGACAGAGGCGCCAGUCUUCAAAUUCUGCAACCAGGGUCCCUUCCUUCUGCACGUGCCUGUGCUACAGACCUCGGCUAUGUGGAAGCCCUGCACCCUCCCAUCCCGAGACCCUCAGCUGCCACACCAACCCCGUGUACUAUAAUUCCAUUUCUUACAAAAUUGAUGAGGUUUCCCUGAGCACCAGGGAUCAAACUGGGUUCUCUUCCCCAGGGAGCACAUUAUCUUCCAACAGCCCCAGCUGCAGGGGCCACUCCCGCCUCCGGAGGAAAUCUAUCUGAAGAGGGAAUUUUUACUCUGAACUGUAUUCUGCUCCUGCAGUCAUAUUUUGAUGAUAAAUUAUUAACUGAGCUGUCAGCUCAUCGUUUUAUUGCUCUCAUUUCUUCUCCUCUGCCCCACUCCCUUUUAGAUCAGCUUCAACUCUAGCAGCUGCCAGCCAGCUACACUAUAUGCUGUCCAAAAGCAUCUUUUAAAUACUGCUGAUGACUAAUCAUCUCUUUUAGCAGGGUACAAGGUCAAAUCAAGUUACAUAUUUUUUGCAGUUGGCUGAAGCAUUUGGAAUUCAAAUGAAAGAGUGCACAAAGUGUAGGAGUGGGUCUCGUGUCUAGGGUGGAAUCGUUGCUUUGGAUUUGCCUUAUAAAAACAAACAAACAGACCCCAAAUCGCAUCAUGGUAACGGGUUUUGGUUAACCCUUAGGCUGCCAAUAGUUAAUGGUGUAAAUCUAUAGCCAGGCAGGUUGAAAGAUUUGAUCCAAAAAUUCACUGCAAAAAACCUGAAUUCACAGUCCCACUAGGGACAAACUCAUAUAUUUGGACUCUUCCCCAAACUGGAAAUAUGUAGUUGUUUAGGUUUGCAACUAAUCAUUUGUAUUUGAGGUGAUAAUAAUAAAAGAAUCUCUCAAAGCAAACUCCAAACAGUACGUAAGCGCAGGUAGCAAAGCUGGCAGAAGCGGACAGCAAGGAAGAGGACAGAUCACAAAGCACAGUACAAUGGCCAAGCUGCAGGGUUUAGCGGUGCUGCAUUUGCUGCAUGGGUGUGGAGUUGUGGGGGAGAAUAUUCACAAUGUCUGUGUCACAGUUCAGGCCAUUUAAAUGACAUUCUUAGUCCCCAUUUUAAGCACCUGUCCUGUGGCUUGACAGUGCACCAACCAGCUGAACCAUAAACCAGAUGGACCAACUGCUUUUAGUUGGAAUCUUAAUACAGACCUCGGCUCUGAGCAGUCAAUGUUUGAUUGCCGUGCUCUGAUUUCAAGGGGACACCUGGAGAUCUCGCACAACAAGACUGAGUAAAACACACAAACCAUCCUGCUCCCUCUGACCCCUUCCCCUGCGAUGGGUACUGGGUGACAGCGUGGGGAACAAGAUGGGCUGGAAUUGGGAGUGUUAGGUUUCAAAUCUUGACAUCUAGUUGAAGGUUAACAAGAUUAGGGAACGUGCCUUUUUCUGCCCUAAAUGCACCUAGCCCCUGUCUUUUGGUCUGAGGGCCAAACCUGUCUUGAAGGUCUCAAAAGCCCCAUUAACCUUGCUGUCUAAGUGUGGAGGGAUUGCAGAUUGUAACACUCACUGUAUCUCUCUUGCCACAGUUUCUGUUUUCCCACUUUCAGGUAUGCCCCCAGCACUCAGCGGCAGAGUUUAUGAUUCUUAAUCAUUCUCAGUUACAAGAACCCUUCAGUUCCUGCUCACUGUCCUUUGUGCCUCUGACAGCAACCAAGGGUAAACAAGGUCUUUGCUCCAGAUCCAGCUCCAGUUUCCAGACGGAAAGCCAGGGUGCACCACGCUGCAUCGUCCCACCAUGGAGUCAUCUCAAAACCUUUAUGUUCGUUCCAACAUAUGAGCUCCCCCCAUGCUGUGUUUGUGUGGUACUUGCUGCGAGGUAUCUUUGGAACAGACGAGCUUCUUGUGUGGUGGAUGAAACCACCUGGGAGCCGUAGUCUGGAGUACAGACUUCCGAGCGAUGAGAGCCAUUUUGCACUAAAGGCAAGUCUGAUGAAGCACCCAAAAGCUGCCUAAUCUCAUGGAGGGCCCAGAACUGCAACCUAUAUCUCUGUGUUCUGCCUCUUUCUCCCAGAAAAGGAUCUCUGCUUGCUCCCUCAGUGAAACUUGGGUGUAACUGGUGUAAAUCAGCAAAGCUUUGAUUUCACAGGGUGUUUGGUGGAGCUGAGCUUCUGGCUCUUGGUCUGCUGGGACUCUGGUGUAUUCCCCUUUCCUUUCUCUUUUGCAACUGUCUUGGAGAGCCAUGGUCCUCACUAGGGGAGGCAUGGAAACAGGUAAGAGGACUUGGUGCAGCACAAGGUCAGGCAUUUGGGCAGUUGCCUUACCCUUGCAAUCCUCCUGAGGGAUGACCUUUCACUUGAAUGAGGAGCUCCCUCUCCUUCCAUCCCAAUAUGGGCUGGUGAAGCCCUUGUGACCUUUUUUCCUCUGCCAUCCUCUCCAGUGCUUUGGAAGCCAUCUUAAUGUCCUGAGAUUUCCACAAGGAAUGCCCCCCAGGGUCAUCUUUCUUUGCUCAGCUUUCUCCUAAGGAGGGGAAAGAAUUCAAAGUGGGUAGAGGGAAAACCAAGGCACUUGGCAGGAGGUUUUGCCCUCUUCCUGGGAGAUCUCUGGAGCCAGAGCAUUGACAGGGCAGGGAGGCAGGGCUAUGAAAUUUAGGAUUAUAAAUCUGCAAAAGGAAGUCCCUACAGCCCUUGAGCUUAGUGGAAUAAGACUGCAGGAGCCGAGGGGCCUGAAAGCCCCAUGGUAGUAAAGAAGCACAAAGGGGAGUUGGUCUGUUGUGCAAACACCAAUCCUCUGCAUAGUCCAUGGUAGCAAAGCCCAACUCAGCUGUUACAUAAAGUAUUCAUCAAAUCAGUCAGUUAGCCUGGUUUAAUCCAAAUCAUAGGCCAGUGUUCCUACCCAAGGACCAUGCUAUAGUCAUGUCUGGUCAACCAGAGGAGUGCAGGCCCAGCAAUCAGUGCACCAAAAUAAAAUCAUCAGGAAUGAGAGAACAAAACUGCCCAUCACCCACUUUUUGAGCUAAAUUAUUUGGCAUUGAAACCAGGAAGAACAGAUACGCUAAAAGAAGGGAGCUUUGUCAUCACAGCUCCUGUCCCUUCCCAUCUCCUGGGACCCACACUACCACUUUUGGACCUUUGUCAUUGUGAUUUUGAGAGUUGGCCAAACCAUCCUGAGUCCAAGGGAGGGACCCAGAUGACUGCCAUCUCCAGCAACUAACUGGCUCCGUAGCAACCCCUGGAUUGGGAGAUUUGGGUUCCUUCCAUUGCCCUUUCUCUUGCGUCUCCUUUUCCUUCCCUUCCCUGUUUCUUCUUUCUUUCCUAUCCUUCAGCUAACAGAGUCAGGAUUACCCAGCCAUUUUGUGUAAUACUGCUGUGAGGCUAUCUAAAGGCAGCUCAAAAGCAGUGUCCUGCACCACCCCAUGGUGGUAAGAGUGUCCAAUAAGGCUGCGUGCUGGGCUGGGUCUCUUGCUGCAAGGUUGCAAGAGCAUCAGAAAGAAAAACUUCAUUUUUCUGGUUUUGGUAUUUUCUUUCUCCUUUUUUGUCUUAUUUAGUUUUCAAGGAAACAGGCUCAGACUAGACCAAUAAUAACGACCAUGGCAUCUCUAUUGCAACUAACUUCUUUCAGUUUCUACCAUUUAAAAGAUCUAAAAGACUGCCAAAUGGGAGGGGGCAGGGGAUUUUCCUCUGUAACUAGGAGGAAAGGGAAUAAAGGAACUGCUAAAAUGAAAGCCUUAAUUGAUCAUGUGCAUUUUAAAUGCUUUGCCUGUUUCUCUCCUUUUUUUCUGUAUCUUUAAUAAAAGUUUUUUCACGGUGGUGGUUUA